AUGGGGGACAGCAGACCAACAAUUCCUCUCUACAUGCGAGUUCCUGAGCUGGGUGUGUUCAGGGGAACAUUGACAUCACCAGAAUACAAUCAUGUUAUUUUGUUAAACUUUUCCAGGGCCAGAUUCUCCAUUCCAUUAAAUGAAGGGGAUGAUGGAUGUGAAACUGAAAACUUUAGACACCAUAUCCCCAUGCGCACUGCUAGCGGCGAAAUGUCCGAGAUACAGCUAGGUCAAAAGGAACCUGGCUUAGAGUGGCCGCUGUCCGGGGUACCGUUACAGUAA